CUGCUCAUUCUUCUUCUUCCGGAAAGCCCCUCCAAGCCGCCGGCACCAGCCUUUGAGAAAACCGGAAAGCUUCCGGAUCUGCCUUGCUCCUUCCUUCCUCACCGCCGGCUGCUCUUGAUUGUGGGUGAUUUCUGGGCAUUUUUUCGAUCCCCCUAAAUUCCCCUGCACUGCCGCCGGCUUCACCCCCCUGCUAGGUCCGGUUUGCAGCUGGAAAAUCUGGUAUGUUGACAGCUCCAAGCUUGAAAUUUUACCAGUUAUUUGCUGCCCUGUGUGUGUCCGAAAAUCUGUUGAAAAAUAGGGGAGAAAUUUGACAGUAAUUAGAGCAUAAUUAAGCGUAAUUCAUGUGUAAUUGCUUGAGCUGGCUGCUGUGAUUUUUGGAGAGAAAAUCCCGUGAAUUAGCUAGUGUUUUGGCCAAUUUUUGGAAGUGCAGUUACUGUUCACGACACUGUUCAUGAGUACUGUUCACACACCGAGGGUAAACAAUUAACGGGGAUUUAAAUAUUUAAUUUGUGAUAUAAGAACAAAUUUGGAGAUGUCCGGUCAUGUGGAGAUUGAUAGAAAUAGCAUCGUGAUUAAGGGUGAUCCUAAAGAAGUUUUUGAUUGUUCUGUCAGUUUAGCAUUGAGAUCGAGUUUUCGGUUUUAUGUGAGUGAGGGAACGAAGUCAAGGACGGGGAAAAACGAGGGGAGUGACGUGUUAAAAGGCUAGCCGUUUUGUAAAUUGAAUACAGAUUUUAGAUAUAGAUCAUGAUCUUGUAAGUUAAACUGUAUUUGGAGAUUUUAUGAUAUCAGAGAAAAUUUAAAAUAUUAUAUUCAGAUUUUGGUAGUAUCAGAUUGUAGUAUG